CGCAGCCUCGUUCUCAUGGGGGGGGAGCUGGCGGGGGGGGCGCUGACCAAUGACGUUUGGAGCCUGGAGCCCGAGGGGCGGGGCUGGCGGGAGCUCCGCCCCCUGCCGGGACACGCCCCCGCCCCGCCCGGAUUGGCCGCUCACGCCGUGGCCGUCGUCGAUGAUUGGCUCUACGUCUUCGGAGGCCGCACCACCCAGGACCUCUUCUCGUCGCUUCUCUUCCGCUUCCCCCUACUUGGGGGGCGCUGGGAGCUGGUGGAGCCCUGGGGGGGGAAGGCGCCGGCGGCCGCGGGGCAUUCGCUGCUCUUCCACCCCCCAACCCGAACCCUCAUCCUCUAUGGGGGGCACCGGCCGGCCAGCGCCAGGUUCAGCUCCCGCGUGAACCAGACCCAUUUGUUCCACGUCGAUCGCCGCCAUUGGGCGCCGCUGCGGGGGGGCGGGGCCGCGGGGCCUCGGGGGCGGGCCUUCCACAGCGCCACCCUGCUGGGGGACUACAUGGUGCUCUAUGGGGGUCACGUGCACGCCCACUACGAGGAGGAGAAGUGCUACGAGGAGGGCGUCUUCUUCUAUCACGUGGGCUGCCACCAAUGGGUGACCCCCGAGGAGCUGCGGGGGGGUGACCCCGAGGAGCCCGGCUCCCGCCCUCCCCCCCCCCCGCCGCGGGGCCGCUUUGGUCACGUGGCCGCCGCCCUGGGGGGAGGGGUGCUCCUGGUGGCGGGAGGCUUCAGCGGCGACGCCCUCGGUGACGUCAUCGCGUACAAACUCCCGCGCUUCGCCUGGGCGGGGGAGGGGCCCGGCGUGAGUCACCCCCAGUGA